CUGCGGGACCCAGCUCCGGCCCCGCGCUGUUGCCAGGCAACGCCUGACGACGCCUGCGCAUGCGGAUUGCGGAGGCUGCGCCGGCGAAGACUACAUCUCCCAGCAGGCCGUGCGGCUUUGUCCCGCCGUGCCUCGCCGCAGCGGGUCAGAGUUCGGGUUCGAGUGCCGGUGCUGGCGGGGGAUCGCGCGCCAUGGCGGAGGCCGCAGCGGCCUCCCGUCCGCCGCCGGACGUGGACAGCGAUGAGUGCCUCCGCGAGUACAGGCACCUCUUCAGUCCCGACAUCCUGGCGGGCCAGGUCGCGUUCAUCACCGGCGGCGGGUCGGGCAUUGGCUUCCGCAUCGCAGAGAUCUUCAUGAGGCACGGCUGCCGGACUGUCAUUGCAAGCCGGAACCUGCAGCGGGUGGUGGAGGCCUCCAAGAAGCUGGUGGCAGCCACAGGCCAGCAGUGCCUGCCUCUGUCCAUCGAUGUCAGGCAGCCCCAAACCAUCGUGGCAGCAGUGGAUGAGGCACUGAGAGAGUUCAAGCAGAUUGACAUCCUCAUCAAUGGUGCUGCAGGAAACUUCCUGUGCCCAGCCAGUGCCCUGUCCUUCAAUGCCUUCAAGACUGUGAUAGAUAUCGACACCAUUGGCACCUUCAACACCUCCAAAGUCCUCUUUGAGAAGUAUUUCCAUGACCACGGUGGAGUCAUUGUCAACAUCACUGCAACACUGAGCUACCGAGGGCAGGCCCUGCAGGUGCAUGCUGGUACUGCUAAGGCUGCCAUAGAUGCCAUGACCCGUCACCUUGCUGUGGAGUGGGGACCCAACAACAUCCGAGUGAACAGCCUGGCACCGGGCCCCAUUACUGGCACUGAGGGCUACCGGCGGCUUGGUGGGAAGUUUGCUGAGGAAGCAAGCCAUUUCAACACAAUACCCCUGCAGCGUGCAGGGAACAAGACGGAGAUCGCCCACAGCACGCUGUACCUGGCGAGCCCCCUCUCCUCCUAUGUGACAGGCACCACCCUGGUCGUGGAUGGUGGGAGCUGGCUGACCUCUGCCAACAGCUUCCCUGCCUUGCUGGGUAUUGCUUCAUCCUCUGCUAAACUCUAGAUUUCUGGGCUGCAGGAGCAAACAAAAAUCACUGAUGGACAGCCUGAGACUGACCGAUGGACAGGAACAGGACCGAACGCUGCUGCGCUGGGACACCUCGGGGUGCUGGCUCCCCAGUGGAGCUGAUGGCUGGUGCGGGGUGAUGCUGCUGAUCCUGCAUCAGCUGGGAGGCGGGAGCCCCAGCAGUGCUGUGGGGAGCAAGCCCACCCUUCACCCCACCAUUCU